UGUUCAGCAUGAGACCCAGCGGCCCUGACCGGAGGGUGCGUGUGGCGAGCCCGCGGGCGGACAGCUGACUGACUGCGCUGAGGGCCCCUCACGCUGCUCAAGCCCGCCCGGCCCGUGCGGGGGGCGGCCGCAGGCAGCCCCGCUCCGGGGUGUCCCCGGGCUCUCCCGAGCGCUGCCCGGCGAGGCGCAGCCGCCGCGGGCUGUGCGAGGGGCAGAGCCGCUGCAGCCGCAGGGCCGGGCCGGAGCUCGGCCCCUUUUCCAGGUGCGGGCCUGCAGCCGCGGCCGGCAUGAAGCAGGUGGGGGCGGCGGGCGGGCCGCGGCCGCCCCGGGCCCUGCGCGCUGACGGGCUCCCGCCGCAGGCGCUGGUGGACGACACCGAGGAUGUGUCCCUGGAUUUCGGCAGCGAGGAGGAGCUGGCGCUGCGGAAAGCGCGGAUCAGGCACCCAUUGGCCACCUUUUUCCACCUGUUUUUCCGAGUGAGUGCCAUUGUUACCUACUUGUUCUGUGACUGGUUCAGCAACAGCUUUGUUGCCUGUUUUGUCACUAUUCUCCUCCUUCUAUCCUUUGACUUUUGGUCUGUCAAGAAUGUGACAGGAAGACUCUUGGUUGGUUUGCGUUGGUGGAACCAGAUUGAUGAAGAUGGAAAAAGUCACUGGGUGUUUGAAGCAAAAAGGGUACCUGCAGUAGCUGCCUCAACUGAAGCUGAAGCCCGAAUCUUUUGGCUCGGUCUCAUCAUCUGCCCAGUGAUCUGGACUACGUUUCUCUUUAGCACCUUGUUCUCCUUGAAGCUGAAAUGGCUGGCUCUCGUGAUUGCUGGGAUCUCUCUCCAGACUGCUAAUUUAUAUGGCUACAUCCACUGCAAGUUAGGGGGACAAAAAACCAUCAGCAGAGUAACCUCAAGGUUGUUUGGCACCACAGAUGUUCCCAAGAGACAGAGCAGGAGAAUUUCAGAAGAUGGCACAAAAGAACAUGGCACAAGGAAGAGUUAAAGGAUGAGCAGUAAAAAAAGUAAUUCAUUAAAGUUGUUCUUCAUGGGAAGGUAUUUACAUAAAGCUCUUCUAGAAUUAUGCCUGCAUGAAAUAAAGUCAUUUGUGUUUGAGUCUUUA